CAGCGCCUCCCUGCGGCCGCUCCGCGCGACGACAGCACGACAACACGCCGGUGCAGUGAUGGCCACGCUGUCCUCACCGCUCCGCGUUUGCCGGGGCAUUUUGAAAGAGUUACGGGCCCUCCAGGGACCCAGUUACAAACAAUCCCUGGCUUACAGCUAUGUCAUGGACCAAUUUCGAAAGAAUAAGGUAACUGGAGAACGGUACUGCCGUGCCCAGCAGGAGGCACACCACGCCUCGCACACGUACUUGUGUCUGCUGGCCUCCACCCGGAGCCACCUGGCCCUCCACAACCUUUACCACGCCAAGGGAGAGCGCAGCCCGGAGGAAGUGGCAGGUCUGGUCGGGCUCAGGCUGCCCACACAGCCAGGAGGCAAAGGCUGGGAGAAAUGAGGACAAUGAAGAUCCAGGACU